UUCCCACCAUGGUCAACGCGACACUCACUGAGGAAGAGGUUGGACGAUUGGACCGUCAAAUACGAGUAUGGGGCUUCGAGGCACAGCAACGGAUGCGCAAUGCAACCAUCUUAGUCGUUCGCCUCAAGGGAACCGCGACGGAACUCAUAAAAAACAUAGUUUUGUCCGGCAUUGGCAAGUUGAUUAUCAUGGAUGCUGAGGAAGUCACCGAGGAGGAUCUGGGAUCUGGUUUCUUCUUUCGAGAUGACGACGUCGGUACAAAGCGUGUUUUAGCAGCGAAGGAACGCAUUGAAAGUUUGAAUCCGUCUGUGGCGGUGGAGGCUGUGGCGUCCCUGGACGGGUUAGAGGAUUCUGCGCUUGACGCUACCAUUUCAGGCGUCGAUCUGGUGUGCAUAACAGAUUGGGACAUAGAUGGUCUUAUUCGCCUCAACAAUACUUGCCGUCGCGCGGGGAAGCCCUUCUACUGCGGCGGCACCUAUGGGCUUGUCGGCUAUAUAUUUUGUGACUUGAUGACGCACGACUAUGUUGCACCACAGGAUCGUUCAGUGCCCAAGGAAGCGCAAAAGAGCGUGAAGACGACGGCGGUGUAUCCCCCGUUGUCUGAAGCGCUGAAGCACCGAUGGACUGCCCUCACAAAGAGACAAACUAAGGAAUUGAAUCCGUCAGUUGUCUUCGUGAUACUGGCUCUCUGGGAAUACCAAAGACUGCAUGGCCAGUUGCCGAGAAGCUCAUCCGAUGCAUCAGAGCUCGAGUCCCUCGCCAAUUCGUUGAUCUCGUCCGCGGACGUGAAGGCCAAUGUUCUGGCAGCUGUUCCGCCGGACCUUUCUCAAUCACUGUCCGAAACCUCCGGAUGCGAAUUCUCGCCUGUCUGUGCGAUUGUCGGUGGCAUGCUGGCUCAGGACAUCUUGAAGACGCUGGCCGCACGGGAUCCGCCCAUCGCCAACUUCUUUACGUUCGAUGGCAACACCGGCGCUGGCACGGUGUGUCGAAUGUCCAUGCCCUGAUGUAAUGCAACGUGUUGAGACAGCGUUAUUGUGAACUACAUGGCUUCUGAGCCUCAUUGACAAAUGACUGCCAGUUCGCUCAAACAGAUGGGUAGAUAUUUACGCUCGCUGUUGAUUUCUACACGGGCCACCGGAGGCUUUCGGUCCGCGCGAGCAGACAUAAAACCACUGGGGACACCAUGUGCCAUGGGGAAGCGUGGGGAAACAUUUGAGAGACAAGGUCACCACGUGAGAUCCCUAUUGAAUCAAAAGGCGAACCAACUUGGGAACAGCCCUUCGGGGCCUAUAUGGUGGUCAGCCGGUUCAUGUCUCUUCGUCUGCUUGCCAUUGCCAAGCGCCCGACCAUCUGCAAAUACGCAUGCCUACCCGGUUCUCCGAUUUCAUCGCUGUCAGUCCAGGAAAUGAAGAUGCUACGAAGCUGUUUCCGCAAAAAGUAAAAAGGUGCAAGCCAAUAGCUCGCUUCUUCGAGAACGCCCGGAUGUUUUGAAGAUGUCGCUGGGCCGCGACCUUGAAUUCGUUUGCCCUGGAUGCGUCCAAUUGAAGUGAACCGUGCAAGCGGAGUGUGUGCUGAUGUCUGACGUCACGGCUGAAGGAGGAACCGGGCCGUCAGGGAGUUUCCCAAGCAAUCGAAGACAAAACUGAGACAGUCGAGCGCUUGAGAUCCUCUCCAUACGCGAUUGGCGGUUGGGAUCAAUAGUUCUGCAGUCGACACAAGGCCAGGGCGCUUCGAAUCGCGGGUUCCUGCCGAGGUCGACGUCGGUGGUACUGUCAGUGCGGCCUCAAUGAGAUUGAUACAUAGUCGAGCAUGGGCGCGAGUGUAACGUUGUCUUGGCUAUAUGUCCGCUUCGGAUCUGGACUUGCCCACGCAUUCAUUGACUUGUGAAAACGACCUCGGCCUGCCUCGCUUGCCUCUGUGGGCUCUGCAAAUAGUAUUGGCAGAUUCCGGGCCGGAAGUAUUUUCACAGUAACUGAUGAUGAUGGAGUCCGACGACGACAGGGCGAAGUGUUG